AUGACGAGGUGGUCGAUAGAAUUAAGUGAAUUCGACAUACAGUAUCAACUGAGGCCCGUGGUCAAGGCUCAGGUACUUGCGUAUUUUACAGCAGAAAGGCUCACUGAGUCAUCCACAAAGUCGGAGGAGUGGACAUUGCACGUUGAUGGGUCCUCUAAUGCUGCUGGAGGGGGAGCCGGAUUCAUCCUUUCUGACCUGGAGGGCAAUGAAACUCUCUUCGCCCUGAUACUGGAGUUCACAACAACCAACAACGAGGCGGAGUACGAAGCCCUGUUAGCCGAGCAACUCAAAGGAGAAUUCGAAGCUAGGGAUCCAAGAAUGAAGAAAUAUCUCUCCAAGUCAAGAGGGUACAUAGAGGCAUUCGUCCAGUUUGACAUAGAACACGUACCGAGAGCAGAGAAUAAAAAGGCCGACGCACUAGCGAAGUUAGCCUCGGCAACCGGUUCGGAAUGGAAAGACACUAUCUAUCUUGAACGCAUAGGGAAACCCUCCUACGAGGAGGACAGAAUUAACUUAGUGGCGUCCGAAUUCAGCAAGGACGAUUGGAGAGAGCCCUUAUUCCUGUACCUAAAGGACGGAUCCUUACCAGGAGAUAAUAAGGAGGCUCAAAAGGUGAGGAGGAAAGCGGAAAGAUAUACGUUGAUGGGUCGGGAGCUCUACAGGCGAUCCCUGACAUUGCCCUACCUUCGAUGUUUAAGCAAAGAAGAAGGGGAAUACAUACUACGGGAAAUCCAUGAAGGAGUAUGCGGAAACCACUUUGCCAGUAGGGCUCUAGCUCACAAAGCUAUGCGACAGGGAUUUUACUGGCCCACAAUGAAGAAGGACGCGGUUGAACUCGUCAGAAAAUCGAUAGUUACAGACCACGGGAAGCAGUUCGACAACGACCGCUUCAAAAAGUUCUGUUCGGAUCUAUCUAUUAAGCUUCUUUUUGCGUCGGUGGCGCACCCCCAGAGCAAUGGACAAGUAGAGAAUAUGAAUCGGACGAUUUUGCACGAACUGAGGACGCGACUCGAAUCCAUGCAAGGUAGAUGGACAGAGGAACUCCCUUCCCUUAUGUGGGCGUACCACACCACCAAGAGAGCAGCAACAGGGGAAACCCCAUUCAUGCUUGUCUUCGGCGCAGAAGCAGUCAUCCCAGCAAAGGUGGGGAUACCCUCUUGGCGAAGGCAAUACUUUAACGAGCAGACCAAUAGCGAGGAGCUCAGAUCAGAAAUAGACCUACUGGAAGAGAGACAAGAUCAGGCGAGUUUAAAAGUUUCCGCGUACCAGCAGAGGGUAGCAAAGUACUACAACCACCGCAUGAAAGUACGGAAUUUUCAGCCAGGAGACUUAGUCCUGAGGAAGAGGCGAAACAACCCGUCCGAGCCAGGGUCGCAUAAGCUAAAGCCUAACUGGGAGGGCCCAUACAAGGUCACCACAGAGAUAAAACCUGGGACCUACAGGUUGGAAGAGAUAGGGGGGAAAGAAAUCAAGAACACGUGGAAUUCCGAAAUGUUAAAGAAAUAUUAUUCCUGA